AUGAAUAUCAAGACUGCCAUUACUCUCUUCUUUGUGUCUGCAGCUCUUGCAGUUCCUGGCCAGACCAACGACAACAGCAAUGUCCUGGCCCGUGACCCCCAAAGGGGCCCCGUACGCCCCCCCUCAGGCAAUUGCUGCUCAUAUAUCCCUGGUACUUGCAACUGCGGCUGUUGUUCCGGAGGGCCAUGCGCUACUAACAGUGAUCCCAACGCUACUUGUCCUUAA